UUGUGAUCAAAUUGUGUAGCUCGUGAUCGCAUUAUAUCGUAUAUUGUUGUAUUACAGGAAAAAUGGCAAAAAUAAUGAUGUUAUUUGCAAUCUUUUUGGUCUUGUUUUCCGGAACAAUGGCUGAAUCAUUAUUCAUUUAUGAUGAUUAUUCAUGUGGUUCGUAUGGACAUGAUGUCAAUGAAUUAAUCGAACAAUUUCAACUAUUUAAAAAGAAUGAACACAAUCAAAAUGAAUCAAUUGAAAUUAUUGGCCAUUUUCUUAAAAAAAUAAGAGAAUAUCGUGUCGAGGCGAUUAAAGUGAUGCUUGAAACCGAUCGAAAAUUAUUGACACUCAAUAAUUCACAGAUAAUAUUGAAUAUACAAUAUCAGAAAAAAAAGAUUCGAUGUGAAAACUUGAAACAUUUAUCCGAAUUAUUGACCAUGCACUUAUUGGCUUAUAAACAAGGAAUGUUUGAUUUUGCCGAAGAAAUCGACCCGGAUGUUAAUUUUGAUCGUCAAUUUAAGAAUUUUUUAGACAGAUCAUCUGAAGUAAUGAAUAUUAAUGAAUUUAGCGAAAUAGAAAAGAAAUGGUCAAAUAGUUCAGCGAAAAAACUAUUGAAGAAUGACAUUGAUGGCUUGAUAACAGCGUUAGAUGAUUUGCGAGAAGAUUUUUUGAAAAACAUCAUAUUGCCAGAAUUCGAUGCUCAAUCACGUUAUGAUUUGUAUUUUUCUAUUCAAGAUCAAAUUAAUAUCCGUUCAACAUUGAAAUUGUUUGGUACGAUAAAAAUGUUUAUGAAAGAAUUGUUGGAUGAUUUGAAUCAACCAGAUUUUGAAAUUUUAUAUUAAUAAACUGUAUACGGUAUUUUUUUUCUUUAUAAAUAAAUGGUAUGUUUGUUUCUGAUUAUUGAUUAUUGAGUGACUUGAACAAAUAAAUCUUGGAUUACCAAACAAUCAUAAUAAUUAAGGCA